AUGAAUAUAACUCCUCAUGGUCUUUUGUUAUUCCGAAAAAUCCGCAACACUUCCGCUUUUAAAUAUACUAUAUCUAGAUUUCAUAAAGAAAACACGGCAGAGCAUUCGCCAUAUCUUUAUUCGAUUAAUAUGACUACCCGUUUAAUUAAUCGUAAAAUAAAUCAGGGUGUUGCCAAUAAAUUCUGA